GCAAAAAGCAAAAUAGAGAGGUAAAACCAUGAGCUCCUCAAACCUUCCAUUCGUUUUUGCCAUUGCGGUGUCUCUAGGCAUGAUCCACACCGCCAUCGCCCAAAACUCCCCCGAAGACUUCGUGAGCCCCCAUAACUCCGCUCGGGCCGCCGUCGGUGUUGGCCCGGUGUCGUGGAACGACUCUGUGGCAGCCUAUGCCCAGGACUAUGCCAACCAGCGUAGUGGCGACUGCCAGCUCGUCCACUCCGAUGGAUCCUACGGUGAGAACCUCUUCGGCGGCAGCGGGGCGGACUAUACGGCGGCGGACGCUGUGAACUUGUGGAUGUCAGAGAAGCACACUACAGCAAAAGGGGGGGUUGCCGAUCAUUUUUUGCCGAUGCUUCUAAAUUGCGCUGACCUGCCGACGCUUUUAAAAGGCGUCGUGAUUCAACGACGCUUAAAAGCGUCAUAA